AUAUAUAGAUAAGGGGUUAAAAACUUAUAAAAUUUUUUUUUUUUUUUGAACAUGUUUGCAAAGGGCGGGUUUCGAACCCAGCCCGGGGGAGGGGAGAAUGCACCGAGGUGGCUAUUGCCACUAGGCCUCAAGGGCCAGGUUUUGAAAUUCGGUUGCAGAACCGCAAAUAAGGCAGUUCGUGUGGUGACCAAACGCUCUUUGGGCCAAGACGGUCUCUUUGCAACAAUCGACUUCGGAAACGCAACGGUGGCACGGACAAAAUGCGUAGCAGAUUCCAUCGAACCCUAUUGGAACGAAGUCUUUCGCAUUUAUUGUGCGCAUUCUGUGUCUCGUAUUGCAUUCACCAUCAAAGAAGACAACAUAUGGGGUGAACAGAGCGUCGCCGGUAAAUUAUGGAAAGUCAAAACGAUCGGCAAAGCUUAUUUUCCCGUCGCCGGACUCACGACCAAUCUACAAGCCAUAGAUAUUUGUAUGAACAUACUGGACGAAGGGCGUAAUCAGAUAGAAGAAGAGUCUUAUCUUCAUGUCAAAAUUCUUUUCAUUAGUUCUCUUCAGGAGUCUCAAUGGUUUCCCAAAAUUGGAAGUCCAAAAUUCACAGCUGUUCCUUACUCCUUCUACCCGGGUCGGGGAGGUUGCAGGGUUACUUUGUACCAAGAUGCUCAUGUCCACAAUAAUUUCAACCCGACACUUAUUUUGAGUUCUGGCGAGGAGCGGCACUACGAAACAAACAGAUGUUGGGAGGACAUGUAUGAGUCUAUUAGUAAGGCCAAACAAUUGAUCUACAUAGCUGGUUGGUCUUUUCAUCCAAAAGUUAGAUUGGUUAGAGAAGGGGGAAACUCCGAGGUGCUUAAUUCAAAAGGAGAAGCAUUUGAGGUAUACGAGCAUAUUAAAACCAAUGCAAAUGAAACUAGAAAUUUUUUCCGAGCAACUGCAGUGCAGUGCCAUCUCUGUUCACGGUCUUUUGGUCAUAACAAGGUGAUCGAUACAAAUUUAUCUAAGUUCCUUUACUCGCAUCAUUCAAAGAUGGUAUUGGUUGACAGUGAUGUACCCUGGGGAGAAACGCAGGAGAGGAGGAUCGUGAGUUAUAUUGGUGGUCUGGAUCUUAACACUGGUAGAUACGAUACGCCAGAACAUUCCCUGUUUCGGACUCUGGACACAGUCCACAAAGAUGAUUUCCAUCAGAGUUGCUUCAGAGGAGCAUCAAGGGAAAAAGGUGGUCCAAGGCUACCCUGGCACGACAUACAUUGCAAGAUUGAAGGACCAGCUGCUUGGGAUGUCAUGCAUACUUUUGAGCAAAGGUGGGCACUUGAAGUUGGUAACAUUAAUCUCUUGUUACCAAAUGAUCCCGACCUAAUUAGUGACCCAUCACCGGUUAUGUUACCGUUGAACCCGGAAUCAUGGAAUGUGCAAGUGUUUCGAUCUAUGGACAAUGGUGCUGCUGCCGGGUACCCGACUGAUCUGUUUGAGAUGGUUUCCAGAGGGCUUGUUAGCAGGAAGGGUGUCACCAUCGAACAGAGCAUUCAGGAUGCAUACGUCAAUGCAAUCCGUCGAGCAAAGAAUUUUAUUUACAUUGAAAAUCAGUUUUUCCUGGGAAGUUCCUUUGCUUGGACACAAACACAUACGGGGGUGAAAGCCUUGCAUAUUAUACCGAAGGAGAUCUCGCUAAAGAUAGUGAGAAAGAUCAAAGCAAACGAGCGGUUCUCUGUGUAUGUUGUGAUUCCAAUGUGGCCAGAAGGUUCAGCUGGUAGCUUCUUCAGUCAGGCCAUGCUCGAUUGGCAAUGGAGAACAAUGGAAAUGAUGUACGCCGACAUCGCUCAAGCACUCCAAGAAACAGGAAUACAAGCAAACCCUCGAGAUUACCUCUCUUUCUUUUGUCUUGGCAAUCGAGAAGUCAAGCAGGAUUCCGAUUUCUGCCCGCCAAAUAAACCAUCUUCUGAUACUCACUAUAGCAAAGCUCAGUGUACCCGACGCUUCAUGAUCUAUGUACACUCAAAAAUGAUGAUAGUUGAUGAUGAUUACAUAAUCGUUGGAUCGGCAAAUAUCAACCAGAGGUCGAUGGAUGGUACGCGGGACACCGAAAUUGCAAUGGGAGCGUACCAGCCUUACCACAUAGCUGAUGGGCAGCGACAGGCAAGGGGAAAUGUUCAUGAUUUCAGAAUGGCGUUGUGGUGCGAGCACAUUGGAGAGCUUAAGGAGUCCUUUAUAUUUCCACAGAGCCUAGUAUGCAUGCAGCAAGUGAAUGAAAUUGCAGAUCGGAACUGGGAUCUCUUCACGAGUAAAAAUUUCAACCAAGAUCUGCCUUGUCAUUUGCUCCGAUACCCAUUUCAAGUCCACGACAAUGGUGAGAUUGCUCCUCUACCAGAGACAGAAUUCUUCCCCGACACACAGACUCGCAUUAAGUCAGUGGAUUCUAACCAUGCCAAGUGGAUUUUUCCAUCUUUUACUGCUUAGUUAAAAGUUGUUCUGGGUCACAUCUUCAACAAUGUACCAUUAGAAUAAAAAUUGUAAAAUCCUGUGUUUAUAAAAUGACGCAAUUAAAGUGAUACUGGAAUAAGAAAUAUAGAACUUGCAGGAAGAAACUUCUCCUGGUUAGUUCUGUUUGAUUUCAUCUAUCUAUACCAUAUUCUUCUAUUCUUAACAUUUCUUAUUAUAACAUCCAUCCCUGAUUUCUUUUUCUCUUAUGUAGUGUACUAAAUAAAGUUAAGUUCAUGUC